CGUAUCCGAAAGCGCGCUCACCGCUCAAGUAGGCUAUUGGGGCUACAUUCAUCCUCGAGGGACAAGAGCGCGCCUCCUCUCUGCUUCCAUCUCUUACCCAGGCUCUACCGUUUCCUGCGUUCCUGGGUGAUAGACCAGGGUUGUCCUGAGAACCAGAGUAUCAACAGAGAAGGGGGAUAAGAUGGAGGUUUGCGAGAGACUUUUGUGUUUGGCCGUGGUGUCCAGCGUUUUCGGUUUUGGCUCAGUUCUGGGGAAAUACGUCAGAGGUAUAGUUAAUACCAAAGAGGACUGGGUCUUCCUCACUCGAUUCUGUUUCCUCACUGACUUUGGCCGUCUAGACUUCCGGUUCCGCUACGCAAAGUCACGCUGCUGUCAGAACAUAUUGCUCUACUUUGAUGACAGCACUCAGUGGCCAGCUGUGUACAAGAGGGCGGAUAAGAACUGCUACCAGAAGGAGGCAGUGUUGAGGCCAGAGAACAAUCAGGUCAUCAACCUGACCACCCGCUACACGUGGUCCGGCUGUGUGGUGGAAGGAGAGGGGAAUGAGGAGGUUUUAAGCUGUGUGGGAGGUCGAAGCUUCAGGUCUGUGAGGGAGAGAUGGUGGUACAUCGCUCUCAGCAAGUGCGGGGGGGAUGGCUUGCAGCUGGAAUACGAGAUGAAGCUGACUAACGGCCAGUCUUUCUGGACCCAGCAUUUCUCUGCAGAUGAGUUUGGGAUUCUGGAGACCGACAUCACCUUCCUGGUCAUCUUCAGCGCAGUGUUUCUCCUCUCCUGCUACUUUGCCUAUCAUCUGAAGGGACGGCAGCUUCUCCAUACAACCUAUAAGAUGUUUAUGACUGCGGCAGGUGUAGAGGUUUGCAGCCUGAUGUUUCACUGCAUCUACUGGGGCCUGUAUGCCAGAGAUGGGGUAGGCAAUGGCAGUCUGAAGAUACUGGGGAAGUUACUGUUCUCUGUCAGUUUCUUGGUGUUCCUACUGAUGCUGGUUCUUCUGGGAAAAGGCUUCACUGUCACCAGGGCAAGGAUCAGCCACAGCGGAUCUGUCAAGCUGUCCAUCUACAUGACGGUCUACACCAUCACUUACGUCAUCCUCUUCAUCUACGAAGCUGAGUUCUUUGACCCAGGCGAGGUGCUGUAUGCGUACGACAGUCCAGCAGGGUACGGGCUGAUGGGUCUUCAGUUGCUGGCCUACGUGUGGUUCUGCUACGCCGUUCUGGUGUCUCUCAAACACUACCCCGAGAAACAGCCCUUCUACAUCCCCUUCUUCACUGCAUACACCCUCUGGUUUUUCGCAGUGCCAGUCAUGGCUUUGAUUGCCAACUUUGGCAUACCUCGAUGGGCUCGGGAGAAGAUUGUCAAUGGCAUCCAGCUUGGCAUCCACCUCUACGCCCACAUUGUGUUCCUGGCAAUCACUCGGCCCUCAGCGGCCAAUAAGAACUUCCCGUACCACGUGAGGACGUCCCAGAUAGGCAUCCUUCUGUCCAGUCCGAAAGCGGGGGUGCCUGGAGAGAGCUUCCCCCACCACGCCUACGGCAACAGCUCCUUUCUGGGCGACUCCCAGCCCAACUUCACUGAGCUGUUCUCCAUCCAGUCGGGCCCAGUGAAGACAGUAGAGGAGACGGUGGCCCGGAAGGGACAAGAGGUACCGAGGAACAGCGAGCAAAAGAUCAUCACCACCACGGCCGAUCUGACGUCUGCGCUCCCCCCGGCCCUGCCCCCUGUGCCCCCCCGCCUCUCUUCCCACUCCCCCCCUCCCCCCCCACGACUCCCCUCCUUUACCGAGUACUUCAGCAUGCAGAGCGGGCUCGGGGUGGGGUCGAAGGCAUGAGAUAGACCAAUAGGAAAGGAGGGUUGACAGGGAAAGAGGGCUGAUAUAGAAGGAAGUGUAGGGGGAGGGAAAGAGAGUAACAGUGGGUGAGGAACAAGAUAUGAGUUAGAGUGCUAUGGUUGUAAAAAAAUAUAUAUAUAUAAAAUAAAUAAAAAACAAGAAGCAAUAAAUAUUUGAUGCAGACCUGAGUGAGGCACAAGGGGAGAUGACAAAAUGGGCGUAGACUGAGCAAUAGAGUGAUAGGAAUGCACAAGGGGACUGAACAAAACUCUUAUGAACAUUUUCAUUUAAGAAUUUAUAAGGCAUCGCUGGAAGAGCCAAGGGGGGGUAAGUGUAAAUAGCCGAAGCGAGGGAACAGUACUUGUACUUUAAGUAGUUGCAAAUAUUUCUAUUGCGCAAGGGAUGUUUUUUUCACAUUGUUGAAUUCCAAGUGGUGCUGUGACCAUUGAAAUUCUGCUGCCAUUACACUGUACCAGAGUAUUCACUCCCUUCAUGCGAAGUAAAACUACUUUUUUAUGUUUGACAUAUUUUGAUAACGAAUAGAUAUUUACUCCCUAUAUAGAAUAUGUUAGGUUUGUUUAUAUACUCAUCGGGUUAGACAGGAUUGAUAUUCCGACGUUUAAGUGUACAAUGUCAAGUUUACUGUGGACAUCUCUGAGGUAGUAAAACAAGCAUGUUUGUACUGUACCCACCUGUUUUACACUUGGAAUACUGCACUUCAUGUUACCAUACAAUGUGUGCACUUGUGUGUAUUAACACCACUUUUGUACCACAUACAUACUGUAUGUACAGAACAAACAAUACCUGGCGAAAAAUCACCAACAAUUUGGGGAAAAUCUAUUGUUACAACUCUGCUUUCAUUUGUUGAUGAUUGGAACCGCACAUUACCCAUCUCAGUUCAGUUUUCACUGGACUGAAAACUGCACAGUUCAAACAGUUUGUUGUUAUGACAACGAACUGUUGUUAUAAUCUUUUAACAGUUUGUGAAUGUACUACCGCCUCAGACGAGGACUGAAGUGAUUUGAACUUACUUUAAAGUGCACAUCUUUUAUACACUUUUUUCUUUAGAUUCCAGUGUCCAUCAUCGACAGAUGACUCGCAGACAGCCAGAGGUGAUGCAUUAAACAUUCAUCAUCACCCCCCCAAAUAAAACAAUUGAAAGUCUGUUUCUUUAGGCAACAACCAUAAAUUAAUCUGUACUGCAUGGACACAGGCAGUUUUUACAUGAGCUCCUACAAAUGAAUCAGUCAUGUUUUAGAUACUACAUUCUCUUUGUUCUGCAUUGAAGUCUUAAUGUUCCUCACUGCAGAAUGUCUGUUUCUAAUACGGUUAAAGGGGACAUCUGGGCUGUACUCAUCGAUAACACAUUGCAUUAUAGUCCAGCUGCAUCCAAAAAUGCAAUACCUGUAGAUAUUUUCAUGGAUCUGUCUAUGUAAGAGUUUGGCAUUGUUGCCACUGUAGUCCAUUGUUGCUCAUGGAUUAUUAUAAUUACUUGACUGCAUAGACUGGUGUACUACGUGGACAACUGACUCACAUUCUUCGAAGCUGGUUCCACUCAUUCACAUAUUUUGCAUGACUUAUCUGUCUAAUGUACAUGGAUGACACACAGGUUUACUUCAACAUUAAAGACGUGCACACACACACACACACACACACACACACACACACACACACACACACACACACAUGAUGGAAAGGGAUUGUGUAUGCAUGAAAUGAUAGCACAGCUUCCAGGCAACUCAGAUAGAUAUGGUUAAGAGCACAUCACAGAAGCAUUGUUCAAAAAUAAAUGCAUUUUAUUGGUGUCAAAUAAGGAGAUCCUGAAUACGCUGUACAUAAACUUUUUGCCAAAAAUAAAAUUGGUCCGUUUUGUUAAAGCCUU